AUUAUUAUGACUACGAGUAGCACAAACGCUACACUAAAGUAAGUCAGUAUUCAAAAGUCGGUCGUUGCGAAAGGCAAAACUCCUUACUUUAAAUAAAAAAUAUUAUUAAAAAAUUAUGAAUAAGCUAUUUCUCGUUGGAUUUUUGAUACUGGUCGUAGCUGCUUUGGGUGAUGUUGGAGCAGAAUGUGUUGAUGGAGAAUUAGUUCAGCCAACUGGAGGAGUGACAAACGGCACCGAUAAUGGCGAAGAAAAAAAAGACAGUGAUUUUUCGGUGUUUUUCAAAAAAGUCGGAUGUUCUUUGAAGAAGGGAGCUGGUCAGGUUAAAGAAAAAGCUAAAGAACUCGGUGGUGAGAUUAAGCAGGGUGCCAAGAAAUUCACAGAAAGUGCCAAGAAAUUCGGAUCGAAUGUUAAGACAAAGUUCGGAGAAUUCAAAGAUAAAUUGAGUGAUUCUUCGGAGGAGAUGACAGUCUCCACACAACACACUCUAAUUGCCCAAAAUGUUGAACUCAUCAAUCCUGAUAUUCUUAAGGCUGAACAAAAGUGUGGAAACGGUUAUAUUUUAGAUGUUUUGGGAGACUGUAAAAAGCUUUAAACAAAAAUUGUGUGCGUUUUGUGAUAAUUUUGUAUAUAUAAGCAAUUAUGAAGAAUUAAAUGAAAUAAAUAAAUUAUUAAUAUAAAAA